AGUGGUGUUUCACGGUGCUGUCUGUAAAUAACGCCCACACCCCCUACGCAAACAUUUAUCGCUCGCUCCCAGCUCUGUAAAAGGCUUCCUCCUGUCAGCGCAGUUCUGCAAUUUGGAUUAAAGCACUGCUGGGGGGAAGGAAGUGGUACUGUUGGGUUGCGGGUUUGCGUCUGGAACUUGUUUCUCCGAGUAUGUUCAAGGUGUACGUGGCGUGUCAGUCAAUGCUUAUCGUGCUUGUGGGAGCCAUGCCUGAGUAUCAUAUAGACCAAGAAGGAGUUCCAGCGAGCAAAGCUGAGCUUGCCAAGCAUAUCCAUUUCACGAGCAACUUCACAUCUAUCGUAACCGAGUGGUAUCUAAUUGAACAAGAAGCCUACAAAGUGGGCCUUGCAUCAUCCCUAUUUUUUGCUGGAUUGCUUAUUGGAAACAUCACGUUUGGCCCUUUGUCAGAUAAGCUGGGCAGGAAACCAGUGUAUAUUUCAGGUCUAUUUUUUGAUGUCCUUUUUGGGUACGUUACAGCAUUAGCUCCAAAUUAUGGCGUAUUUGCAGUUUCACGUUUCUUUGUUGGAAUUGUGAAUGGUGGAAUGGCUCUUGUGUCUUUUGUCCUAACACAGGAAUAUGUAGGAAAAUCAUUUUGGUCAUUUACAGGUUCGUUAACUAAUAUGACGUUUGCGGUUGGCAUUGCUGUUUAUGCUUUACUGGGUUAUUGUGUAAGAGAGUGGCGUCACCUGGCAUUGGUAGCAAAUACUCCAGGAGUCGUCUUCCUUCUUCUUUCAUUUAUGCUGCCAGAAUCACCACGGUGGCUGUAUUCCCAAGGGAAAACUGCAGAAGCUGAAGAUGUGAUGCAAUACAUUGCCCUUGGUAAUGGAAAAGAAAGAUUAAAUCUAAAAUUAAAACCAAGUGCAGGAACUUCACGAAAGGAUGAAUCGCCACCUGGUAUACUAAACUUAGUAAAACACCCCGUCCUUCGGUGGCGAACCAUCAUACUUAUGUACAUCUGGUAUGUCUGCAGCUUGGUAUACUAUGGGCUAACUUUAAAUGCUGGUGAAUUAGGAGGAAAUCUUUAUUUAAAUGUGGCUCUUUACGGUCUUGUGGAAGUUCCAGCUUUUCCACUCUGCAUGUUCUUUAUUGAGAAACCUUGGUCUGGAAGGCGUAAAACUAUGAUGUGCUUUCUGAUAUUUGCAGGAUUUGCCUGUAUGUUUACCAUGUUUUUACCAAAAAACUCUGGUUUGCUCCUCAGUCCCACUUUGUUAGCUUUGUGUGGAAAAAUGAUGGUGAGCGCUGCUUUCAACAUUGUCUACAUUUACACAUCUGAACUCUACCCAACAGUACUGAGAAAUGCUGGCUUGGGUGUCUGUUCCAUGUCUUGCAGAUUUGGAGGCAUUCUGGCUCCAUUUGUGCCAUCUAUGAAAUCUCUCAGCCCUUCUGUACCAUUGGUGGUGUUUGGAAUCAGUGGGCUGUCAGCAGGAAUCCUGACUCUCCUUCUGCCAGAAACACUGAAUAAGCCAAUUGCAGAGAGCAUUGAAGAUCUUCAGAGUCCCAAAUACAGAGUGCUUAUAAAUGAAAAGGCAAACCAGCUGGAAGAAAGCACUUAAGUUUCAGAAGGUCUCUCUGUGCUGAAAAAAUGAAGCCUCCAUUGAGAAGGUGCUGUACCAGCGGAAGGGCAGAGUCUUGCUGUACAUAUGGAAGUGGAAAAGUUGGAGGACUUUGGUAUAAUACUGUUUACAGGAUGCUGAACAGUUUUAUGUGAAGGCAAGUUGACAAGAUGGAAAAAGUUGAUCAAAGCUUGUGAGGAAAGAAGUGACAAAUCAGUGCUUUAAUGUAAUGACUUAACAAAACCAUACUUUCGAUGUUUGGACUUCUCUAUGGUUUCUUAAAAUGAAGAAUUAAUUUAUGUUACAAAAUAUAACUGCUAGCUUCAGAUAAUAAAAUGUUGCAACUGAAGUGAUGCGUACGAUGUAAAAUUUAGGUGGCCUUACGUAUUCACACAAGCUGUAAUGGUCAAAAGUAACGGCGAUCCUGUAUAUGCUAAUUUUCUGUACUGGGUUUUUGCCUGUAAAUUACAGUAUACCUCCGUGUGAAGAGACCAAAGAUGUUCAUGUAGUUGGUCUUUGUAUGCCUAACAUAGGAAGCCUGAAUAGGAGAUCUGAAAGGAGAAUAAAUGGUUUUCAUUGUGGAAAGAAAUAUUUUUUGGAUACAGCUGAGCAGGAAAAGGCAUGUAAAGUUAAAAUAACACUAUAUUGGGAAAAAUGAUGUCAAGCCUCUAAGAUGGGGAAAAGGUGCCCUUAAAGGACAGAGUGAGUAAUGUUUUAGUCAAAAGGUUAUUAGUUCUAGCUGUACGUGUCGAACUGGAAAUUACUGAACAUGUCAUACAUUGUAUAUGUAAUAAUACAUAAUCCAAAAUUAUAUAAAUUUCCCAUGUGACAUUCUUUCAGGGGGGAGGAUAGUUUGCUUAUCAUUUAAUAUAUUUAUGUUGGAAUAGAUACAUCAUAAAGGUUACAGUUACCACACCAACACAAUUUUUUUAUUUUAAAAAAAAGUUUAUUGUUUGUAUUACAGAGUGCUGCUGUCACCAGGACAUUUACCAAGGCAUUUUGAAGAAUUUUAUGAUUUUGAUUUUGGUCUAUUAUUUAAUGAAUCUGUAAGGAAAAGGUUAUUGAAGAGCUCAUGUGUUUUGAGCAAGUUUUACAGUUAAAUAAUAGUUCUGCAAAUAAGUGCACCCAUGCAAGUAUGUGUGCAUUUUAUGCACGUAUGACUAUAAAUGUACAUGUGGAUUUCUCUGCCUGGAUGCCUCGCUGUACUGCACAUAGGUUAUCUGUGUGUGCGUUACAAACAGCCAGAUUAGGUCCCCACGAGGUGAAAAUCAACUGGCAAUCUGAACACCUAGAUAAUGUUGACAUAAGGGUGGAUUGCAUGUGCAUUUAUUUAUUUUCUGGGGCUGCAGCUUGAUGGCAAACAGCCUGUAGAAUAUGCUGUGAACUUUUUUCAUUUAUUUACUCAUCAUUUUUGUAAUGUUUCACUGUGAGGAACUGAGUUGAUGAUUUUUUUUUUCUUGAAUAAUAUUAAUGCUUUCUGUUGCAUUAACAUUUAUGAUCAUAGUGACUAGUUAUACCUCUUCUAAAGAUAAUUGGGUCAGCAGGGAUAUGGUAAAAACAACUUUUGUUACUGUUCACUUAUUUUUUUAUUAUAAGCAAUAAAAAUUAAAAUGGAAUAGAACAAUAUAAAGUUAUAUUCCCAAAGCAGAGACAAGACUCUGGAGCAGAAGGAUUGUGAAGGAUUAUGUGGUGAGAAUCUGUUUCUUCCUCCUGCCAUGUUAAAUAAAUUAGCCUAUACCAGA